GUGCAGGGUGGGGGGUGGGGUGGGGAUCCCACCAUGGAAGGCCUCACCGCCUUCACCAGUGAGGAGGAGGUCCUGGAUGGGUACCAGGUCCUCAGGGUCCUCGGCCAGGGCGGUUUUGGGCUGGUGAUCCUGGCCUAUCAUUGGGAAAGCAGGACCCAGGUGGCUGUGAAGGUUGUGGAGAAUGGUGGCCAGCACUCCUGCAGCUUCCAGCAGUUGUGCACAGAAGCAGAAAUAAUGAAGGGGCUGCAUCACCCUCACAUCAUUCAACUACUGCAGGUCAGGCACACCACAGAGAGGGGCUACAUUUUCAUGGAAUACGCAGUCAGGGGGGACCUUAGAUGUUACAUGUAGAACGAGGGUACCUACUGGAUGGAGAGAUUCGUCAGCUAUUGAAACAAAUUCUAUCCGCUGUGCAUUACUGCCAUUCGCAGCACGUGGUGCACAGGGAUUUAAAGUUAGAAAACCU